AUGGAAGACGGAGGUGUAGGAUCAUCGCAAGGCAUGAGAACCAAAGCUACCUCCGACGUGGCCCAAAUGUUCCAAGAUAUGGCUAGGCAGUUCAUCGCAGCCAUAGCCGACUUCAGAGGUGAGGCACCUCGCGACGUCGAGCAAGGCUGCCCAUUCAAAAGAUUUGAAAGGCUUAACAUGCCUAUGUUUGAUGGGAAGCAAGGUCCUAUAGAAUCUGAAAAUUGGCUAGUAGACGUUGAAGAAAUAUUACAGCUGGCAGGAUGUACAGAGGAACAGAAGGUACAAUAUACAGCUUAUAGAUUAUCUGGUGAAGCCAAACGAUGGUGGAAUGCCAAGAAAGUACUACUAGUCCAAGAAUUAGGAAGUGAAAGGGUGAUCUCUUGGGAACUAGCAGAUGAAGAAAACCGAGUGAGGAAGUUCGAACAGGGCCUCAAUCAACGAAUUCUUGAUCAGGUCGUAUGCUUUGAAAUCAAAGAUUUUGUGGAAUUAGUUAACAAGGCUUCUUUGACUGAAGACAGUAUUAAGAAGAGUGCUUUGGCAAUGAUGGAUUCGCGGAAAAGGGUAGCACCUCCAAGAAACAACAGUCAACCCUUCUGGAAACGAAGACAAAAUGGGAACAACCACGGAGCCAAAUUUGAAGAGAGUAUAUCAACCCCAUUCAAUAGCAUGCUCUGUUCCAAAUGUAACUGUCCUCAUCAAGGACAAUGUCAUAUGGGGACUAACAUGUGUUUUCAAUGUGGUCAAACCAGACAUUUUGUACGAGAUUGCCCUAGGGUAAAGGAAGGAGACAGACCCCAACAAAAGGGAAGCGGACAGAAACAAGUUACUCAAGCUAGAGUAUAUGCCCUCACUCCUGGUGACGUAAAAACAAAAAAUGAAGUGGUGACAGGUACUUUACCCCUAUUUUCUAGUAGAGCUGUAGUUCUAUUCGAUUCAGGAGCUACUCAUUCUUUUAUAUCAGCCUCUUACGUUAGAAGAUAUAGCCUAAAUAUAGAACUAUUGGGGAUUGGUGUAGUAGUAUCUACCCCUGUGGGAAAAUUUGUGAUAUUCACGAAAAUUGUUCGUAAAAGCCCUAUUCAUAUAGAUGGGAGAACCUUAUUAGCUGAUUUGAUAAUAUUUGAUAUACAUGGGUUCGACAUCAUCCUAGGUAUGGAUUGGUUGUCAAGCAACCACGCGAUAAUUGAUUGCCAUCACAAAGAAGUAAUUUUUAGACCACCAUCAGAAGCUGAGUUUAAAUUCAUAGGGACAAAGAUUUACAAGGGCUCCCUCCCGAUCGAGAAAUAG